AUGGCAAGGUGGCAAUUGCCCCGAACAGCCGCCCGUGUUCUAUCAAGAUCAGUGUCGCCAAAUUCCUGGAAGGCUGCAGCCUCUAGAGCAGAGCAAGAAGGGCGUGCGCAAGCCGCUGCUGAGAUUGCUUUGCUGCGCAUGAGCAGUGGCAUACCCACGCCACGGCAGGCUCGCCCAACAACACCCGAAGCUGUAAACCCAGAAGGGAAAACUGUUUCUGCGACGGAGCUAGCUUUGCUGAGUUCAAUCUCAACAUCUGCCGGCACAGGAGGUUCUGCGCAGUCCUCACCCCGGCAGAGGAGAGCUGAUGAAGGCAUUGUUCCCAAUCUCCAGCGACAUGAACGACGCGGCCUGCUGGAUGGUGUUCAUGUACAGACGGAGGAUGCGCUUCCAGCAAAGCGGCCCCUGCAUUCGGAUAGUCCCAGGGAGAAGAACAAGUGGUCACCAUGCAAGUGGCCACCUUCCUCUCGAUGGCCUUCCUCACAGCUGCCCCGCAAUGUGAACCAGUGGCCUCUGGCUGGAGAUGAUAAGCCUGCAGGACUAGACACCUGGACCCACAUCCUUUUCACCACCGGGCUACGACGCUCACCAUCUGCGAGCCCGACUAGAGGCCCCACACAGAAUCCAUCUGCGACCUCUGCUUCUUACAAGUCUAGGCACUCCGAUAGGCCCAGCUCUGCCAGACUGGCAAGGAGUGCAAGGAGCGCAAGUGCAUGUGAUGUGAGGAGUUUUAGUCAAGGAAGUUCUCCAAGGACUCCAAGAAGUCCAAGAAAUCCAAGUCAGAGCCGCAAAUUGCACCAGUCAGUGUCGCAGAGCAAGCUACACAAAUCACUCUCUGACCGCGGACCUGGCGUUUCCCGAGAGCGUGCGAUCAAGGCGAGCCAGGCCCAGGCCAGCCAGGGCCCGGCCGGCCAGGGAAGCCUGUCCCGAAGAGAAACUCCUCGAGCAAACAAUCGAAACAGUCGAAACUCUGGAAACAGCCGGCCAAGAGAGCCUCAGAUCUCAAGCCGCGCUCGAAGGACAGCUUCGCGACAAAGAGAGCCUUCGCAACGGCACAAGCCGACUCCGGCUGAUCUGGUGCGAAUGCAAAAAGAACUUCAAUUUCAGAUCGAAAGGGUGAGUAGAGCAUUGGAUGGUGCAUCUGUAUCUCGAGCUACUUCGCAAGCAAAGUCUACCGGACGGAAAGGGAAAGAGCUGAAAGCAAAUGCGCCCAAUUUCCGUUUCUAG